GAGACAAGUUCCUCGCCAUCCAGCGUCGAGUGAGGGUGUGCUUUGUGCCCCGUGAUUCAACUCUCCUCGCAGAGUUUUUUAUUUAUAUAUCUAUUUAUAUAAGUAUUUAUUAUAAUAACAUAUUACUGACUGACAGUUACCGUCAUUCGUCUUCGAGUGUGAAAAUCAUGCGAUUUGUCAGUAAAGCUUGCUUGCUGCUGCUGGCGGCGGCGACGGCCUUCGCCAUUGAGGAGGACUGGUCAUGGGGAGUCGAAGGAAAGGAACCCACAGGUUCAUUGUCGGAACCAGUUCUCGUGGAAUUCGCGGCUACCGAAGCACAUCCUUCAGCGAGUGAGGGCACCUUCGUCGACAUAGCCGCUUUGCCUUUGGCGAAGGAGUCCGAUUCCUUCGUAUACCAUCCUUUGCCUCCAGAGACAGGCAGUGGCGGACGGGCUUUCCAGUCCAUACCACUUCAGGGAGAGCCCCAUGAGGGUCUCAGCCUCAGCGUCGUCGGGGAAGGUGAAGUUGUCGAUGGUUUGGUCGUUGCUCAAGAAGGUGAUCGCGAAGGGAGGUUCUUAGGUCUUGCCGAAAAGCUUUGCGAAUAUAAUAUCGGAAUCAACUGCGACAAAAAAUCAGAUCCAGUAAAAUCGCAUUAUGCCCCACCAAGAGUCGGUCAGUAUGGUUUACCAAAGCCCCUACCACCCAAGGGCACUUACGCUGCUGCCGCCCCUUACCCUCCCCCUCCCCCCCCCCACGUUAUCCCAACAGGAACUACCAAGUUGGACCACCCACCAAAGCUCCCUCCUCUGCCCGAUGGACUAUUUUCUGUGUUGAAGCCUUUCAUGCCAGAUUCUAAGCCAAAGGCGCACCACAAAAUCUCAAAGGGCGACGUCCUGAGUCCAUCUUACGUAGCCCCUAACCCAAAUUAUGCUCCACUAUUGCCAUCCUACACCCCACCCAUUAAACCUGGCUACACUGCUCCAGCACCUUCCUACAUUUCUCCACCAUCAGCUUACCCACCACCAAAACCAGCAUAUGUGCCACAUAAGCCAAGUUACCAUGCUCCUGAACCAAAUUAUGAUGUCAAGCCUUCUUAUUCUUCCCCCAAGGUCUCUUAUGUUGAACCAAAACCUGUCUAUGUUGAGCAAGUAAAAACUGUAACCGUCCGCGCUCAGCCCACAGUAGUUGAACAGCAUCAUCAUACUCACACCCACGUCUACAAUGAUAAAACAGUUCCUGCAAACAUCUACAAGAGCGAUCCUAAUGGGUUACUCCAAAGCGUGCAUAACAGUAUUAAUCAAUUUGAUGAAUAUUCAGUUCAACGUCAGGACAUUAGCGACGGCUUCUCUCUUGGUGAGAGUCAAAACGUUGUCCGUGUUGCACAACCAUCUGUUAACCAAGUGACUGUAAAGCAGCAAGUUCCACCAGUGAAUCAAGUCGUUGCUAAGCAGCAGAUACCAACUUCAUUCCCAGCUAUCUCACCACCAGCACCAACAAUCAUCCCAGCUACUUUAGUUGGCGGCACUAACUUCCAGCCUGGACAGAUUGAAACUGGAGGCUUCAGACCAAUGCCACAGGAACUGCAGACCCUCUUCCGCCAACAGCUACCCGCCUACAGAGAGGACUGCCAGUGUGUGCCAGUUAACUUCUGUUCUAUUCAAGAUGUAGUACCUAGAAAUGCUCCUGGAAACAUCAGAAAUAUGAUUGAUGCCCGUACACGAGGCACUCACAUACUUUCAAAUGCAACCGAUAUUGACAACGAUGGUGCAGUAAAUGUCACAGGUAGCCUAGGUUUCAAUGAGAUAAACCCUCAGAGCUCAGUUCGUCGUGGAAAAGUUCUUUCUGGUUUUGAUACGGACUCAUCAGAAGCUGUAGAUGAAACUGAAGUCUUUACUGAAGAAGCAACAACAGAUGCAACUGAAACCACAACUGAAUAUUUGUAUGACUAUGAGGACGACGUAACUGAAGCUGUGACUGAAGCAGCUACUGAAGUUCCUGAAAUACUGGAUGAGAAAUCUCGUUCUCGAAGGGAUGUGAAUGCGACCGCACUGGAAGAGGAGCAACAACAGGAUGAUGAGGAAGAAGACUCUCCUGCUAUUUACAGUGACCGUCAAGGGCGACAGCUUAAUGGAUUCACCCCUAAUGGUGACGGAUGUGGUGCUAACCAUGUCUGUUGCAGAAGACCCGUAUACAGAGCUCGUCAGGUCCCACAAUACACUUGUGGCCAGCGAAGUGCCUCUGGUCUUCUCGGCCGUGUGAAGACAGCACAUUUCGUUCAAGGAGACACCGAAUUCGGAGAAUACCCCUGGCAAGGAGCUAUACUCAAGAUGGAAAAUGGAGACAACCUCUAUGUGUGCGGAGCAACGCUCAUUGAUGACCGACAUGUUUUGACAGCUGCUCAUUGUGUUGAUGGCCUACACCCAUCAAUCCUCAACAUUCGCUUAGGCGAAUGGGACGUCAGUGGACAGACAGAAUUCUACAAGCAUGUCGAAACGAGGGCGUCGGGAGUUUACAUUCACCCAGAUUUCUAUGCCGGAAAUCUCAACAAUGACAUUGCAGUCAUUAGGAUGGAACAUCCCGUAGACUUUUCUACCAAUCCUCACAUCACACCAGUCUGUCUCCCCGAAAAAUUCGCCGAGUUCACUUACAAGCGAUGCCACGCGACCGGAUGGGGAAAAGACGCCUUCGGCAGCGACGGUAAAUUCAGCCAGGUCCUGAAGGAAAUCGAGGUUCCGGUCUUAGAAGACCAACAGUGUCAGCAGAUGCUCCGGAACACGCGACUCGGCGCUGCCUUCACGUUGCACGAAGGGAACUUCUGCGCUGGAGGAGAGGACGGAAAAGAUACUUGCAAGGGUGACGGCGGUGGCCCAUUAGUCUGUUCAUCUACCGGGGGUAUGCAACUAGCUGGUUUAGUUUCCUGGGGCAUCGGAUGCGGAAGCCCAGGAGUACCCGGGGUGUACGUCAAAGUAUCUAACUACGUCGACUGGAUCAAAAGCAUUACAAGGUUUUAAUAUACCAAAGAGCGUUUGUUCCCCUCUUUCCCAAAGGAGCGUUUCUUUUGCAGCCGUCUGAAUCUUCGGAAUGUAAAUCGUUAAUCGAGUUUUAUUAGUAUCUAAUAACAAUAUGAAGUUAACACUCCAAAGCUGUUUGAAAAUUGAAAUUUUUACUUAGCGAGGAUAAUGUCGAAUUAAACUGAAAUACGAAAUUCAGACUUACUUGCAAAUGGAACGAAUCUUUAUAAUUAAACUUUAAGACGUGUUGAACUAAGUUAGCAGGGCUUUCCGUUGCCUGCAUCAUUCGCGCCAUGAUGGCACCUCGAUGCUACAAACGGAAUCUUUUCUCUAGACCCUUCACAUCAGUGGAGAUUUUUGUAAGCAUAGUAUGCUGCGCUGUACUCUUCAGUAAGAGCUCUUGUUGCCAUUAAUAAAUUAUUCUUUGUUAUGACCA